UUGGAUGCAAAGAUACAGCUCUUCCAGGGCGUGGGUAGGACUCCGCACAGGCCGGGCCUUUGGGCAGGAGGAGCUGCUACAUCAGCGCUACAUCUGACCCUCUGAGAAACCUCACUGGAACGGCGCCUCUGCUCAGGAACAGCAAGCCAACCCAGAAGCGGUUAGUGUCAGUGGGAAACUUUCCUUUGAGACAUUCGAGGUCUCAUUAUGCUGCCCUUCAGCCUGACGGGGAGCCAGGAGACAUUCUGAGACAUGGGGAGAUGAAGCCAAGGGCCACCGGUUGGGGGUAGAACGUGCUGCAGGCAUCAGCUCUUACAUAGCAGGCUGGAGACAUCAUGACCAGCGUGCUCUGUGCCUAUAAGGAUCUUCUCCUCCCUGGACGAGGCAUCUUGUGGAGCCUGGCCUCCAUCGCCCUGAGACGUUGGCAGCUUGGGAACCUCAGGGCAUGGUUCCCCAAGGCCAUGUACCAGAUGACGGAGGGCCGCCGUUGCCAGGUCCACCUCCUUGACGAAAGAAAGCUGGAGCUCCUUGUGCAGCCCAAACUGAUGGCGAAGGAGCUCCUGGACCUGGUGGCCUCCCACUUCAACCUGAAGGAGAAGGAGUAUUUUGGAAUAUCGUACACUGAUGAAACGGGCCACUUCAGCUGGCUGCAGUUGGACCGUCGAGUUUUGGAGCACGAGUUCCCCAAGAAAUCUGGGCCUGUGGUUCUGUUCUUCUGCGUCAGGUUUUACAUCGAGAGUAUAUCGUACCUGAAGGAUAAUGCAACUAUUGAACUGUUUUUCCUCAAUGCAAAGUCUUGUAUCUACAAGGAGCUCAUUGAUGUUGACAGUGAAGUGGUCUUUGAACUGGCCUCCUACAUACUGCAGGAGGCCAAAGGCGACUUCACAAGCAACGAAGCAACGAGGGCUGAUCUGAAGAAGCUUCCAGCGUUGCCGACCCAGGCGCUGAAGGAGCACCCCUCGCUAGCCUACUGUGAGGACCGUGUCAUCGAGCACUACAAGAAGCUCGGGGGUCAGUCCAGGGGCCAAGCCAUCGUCAAUUACAUGAGCAUAGUGGAAUCCCUGCCAACAUAUGGAGUCCAUUACUACGCCGUGAAGGACAAACAGGGCAUCCCCUGGUGGCUGGGCCUGAGCUACAAGGGUAUCUUCCUGUACGACUAUCAGGACAAAGUAAAGCCACGCAAGGUCUUCCAGUGGAGGCAGUUGGAGAACCUCUACUUCCGAGAGAAGAAGUUUUCCGUGGAAGUCCAUGAUCCUCGCAGGGCGUCGGUGAGCCGGCGUACCUUCGGUCACAGUGGCAUCACGGUGCACACGUGGUACGCCUGCCCCGCCCUCAUCAAGUCCAUCUGGGCCAUGGCCAUCAGCCAGCACCAGUUCUACCUGGACAGGAAGCAGAGCAAGUCAAAAAUCCAUGCGGCACGGAGCCUGAGUGAGAUUGCCAUUGACCUGACAGAGACAGGCACGCUGAAGACCUCCAAGCUGGCCAACAUGGGCAGCAAGGGCAAGAUCAUCAGCGGCAGCAGUGGCAGCCUCCUGUCCUCAGGCUCACAGGAGUCGGACAGCUCGCAGACAGCCAAGAAGGACAUGCUGGUCGCGCUGAAGGCCAGGCAGGAGGCGCUGGAGGAGACGCUCCGGCAGAGACUGGAGGAGCUCAGGAGCAUCUGUAUCCGUGAGGCGGAGCUGACAGGAAAGCUACCUAAGGAGUACCCCCUGGAUCCCGGAGAGGAGCCGCCCACUGUCCGCCGCAAGAUCGGCACAGCCUUCAAGCUGGAUGAGCAGAAGAUCCUGCCCAGGGGGGAGGAGGAGGAGCUGGAGCGGCUGGAGCGGGAGUUUGCCAUCCAGUCGCAGAUCACAGAGGCGGCACGGAGGCUGGCCAGCGACCCCCACGUCACCAGCAAGAGGCUGAAGAAGCAGCGCAAGGCGUCCUACCUGAAUGCCCUGAGGAAGCUGCAGGACAUCGAGAACGCCAUCAAUGAGUACCGCGUGCGCUCCGGCAAGAAGCCCACACAGAGGGCCUCGCUCAUCAUGGAGGAGGCUAACAUUGGUUCUGAAGACAGCUCCCUGUCCGAUGCCCUGGUUUUGGAUGAUGACGACUCCCAGGUGACAGGGACCUUCUCCCCGACGGCAUCUCCCCACCGCGGCUUGCCCCCCCGGCCCCCGGGGCAUGGCCGGCCCCCACCCCCGCAGUCCCUGGAUGGCCUGCGGCACCCACACUACCAGUGCAGUGACUAUGACAAGUCACCCAUUAAGCCCAAGAUGUGGAGCGAGUCCUCGCUGGACGAGCCCUAUGAGCGUGCCAAGAAGCGCACCUCCCACAUCCACUCCAGCAGCCACAGGAGCUUGCCCAGCAAGGGAGGCUGCUCCGAGGCUGGGGGCAGCAGCCCCCUGCAACGCAGCCCCAUUCGGGGCUCUCUCCAGUGGAGCUUGCAGUCCAGCUUGCCCUCCACGCCCAACCUGAGGACCCGGGGCCCUCACUGCGUCCAGUCCACCAGGUCCGUGGACCUCAGCCCUACAAGGCUACACAGUCUGGCUCAGCACUUUCGGAACCGCAGCUCCAGCCUGGAGUCGCAGAGUAAGCUGUUGGACCCGGAGUCGGGCAGCCCAGACUUUUGUGCGCCGGCAGCACAUGGCAGCAAUGGCUCAGACCUGCCGGACGACUGCUCGUCCUGCACCAGCCACUCCAGCUCAGAGCACUGCUACCCAGCGUCCGGCAGCACCAACUACUCCACGCUGGCUGAGGACUCGCCCUCCAAGGCCCGGCAGAGGCACCGCUCCACCGGGCAGCUCGGCUCGGCCAGCUCAGGCAGCAUGCCCAACCUGGCGGCCCAGAACGGCGGUGGCGGAGGCGUGGGUCACCGCGGCGUCUACCUGCACAGCCAGAGCCAGCCUUCGUCGCAGUACCGCAUCAAGGAGUACCCGCUGUACGUGGAGGGUGGUGCCACACCUGUGGUGGUGCGCAGUCUGGAGAGCGACCAGGAAGGCCACUACAGCGUCAAGGCCCAGUUCAAGACCUCCAGUUCGUACACGGCGGGCGGCCUCUACAAGGAGGCGUGGCGUGGCGCCGACGAGGCUAGCGAUGGUGCUGGGAGCCGCCUCACCCCGUCGCGCUCCCAGAUUGUACGGACGCCCUCACUGGGCCGCGAGGGUGGGGCCAGGACUGCUGUGUCGGAUGAACUGCGCUGCUGGUAUCAGCGCUCUUCCGGCUCGCUGAAGGAGCACGGUUCCCCCCGGCACAGCCGGCCAGGCAGCAGGAUGGGCACACUUGGCAGGAGCUCGCCAGCAGCCUCGCCGCAUAGCCAGAGGAGUGUCACUCUGUCCAGUGACUCGACCACCACACCACCAGCCAGCCCGCAGCACAUGGUCAACUGGCCCGGGGGAGACACUGCAGAAAGCUCUCCAGCUGACGAUCGCUCUCAGUCUCCAGCUCUCCAAAGUACAGACGAAUAGAGUUCUUUCAAAGACAACUGUUACCUGGACGGUCCGCAGUGGUAUGGGCGAGAGGCCAAGCCCAAGUCAGGGACCCUGGUGUGAAGCGACCUCCACCCUGGGGCCUCAGCCGGAUGCACUGUCUCCCCCCACCCCCCUGCGUCUGCCCACCUGAUAGUAUGAUGGGUUUAAUCCCUCCUCGGACCCCCCAGCAGCUGCUCUAAGCACAAGCAGGAGUCGUACAUCUGCCCACCUCAGCAGUCGGGCUUCGCAGCCUCUAUCCCGGUCCUGAAAUCUUGACACCCAGGAACCGCCUCCUGGUGGCCUGUCUGUGCUGCUACAGGAACUGCGUCCUGAUCAGUAAAAGCCCUAAAACCCUUCUGUUCUGGGUCAACAGAUGUUUUGUCCGUUGUCUUUUGUUUGAAAACCCAAUUCAUCAGUUGCCAGGGGGACCGACCGGAUGCUCUGACCGUGACUGAACAUUUUUUGGAUGACCCCUCCCCCCACCUGUCAUGGAAAUGAAGAUGGACUUGGCCCCCCCCCCCCCCCACCAAAGAUCCAGGCAGGACUGGAGCAAGGCUGGGCCCCUUCCCACACAUUGCCUGUCGUCUGCCGUGUCCACAAUCCCUCCACUCAUCUCCUCAAGGCUCCUUUCUGUCAGAAGCACAAAUGGAUUCCUGUGCCCUGUGCCCUGUGCUUAGCUGUACCCUCAGAAGGUCUGGUCAUCCUGGGAAUCUUCAGCGCUUUCAAUUGUGUCUUUAAUGUUAGUAAAGGCGAAUGGGCAGGUGCGUUUUUAUGGUCAUGCAGCAUAUUUCCUGCAAGGGGCGCUCACUAUAUAGGGACCUUGUAACAUCACACUGCUCAGGGUCCUGGAGUGAGGUUCAGAGCCCUCUUGUGGUGCUGGGCUGCACUGCAUGUAAACUCUUACUCCUCCUUCUGUCAAAGGUUGGAAGUGCAGAGGACCAAGCAGCUUGUCACUGAACAUGAGCAUCUAUAGUCAGGGAAACAUUCCACGUUUAUCUUUAAUAUCAAAGAAGCAAAUCAACAUUUACUGUCAAAUGCAUAUCCUUAGAUGUCUGGGUCCUCCACGUAUCCUCCUUAAAGGGUCAUCAUUCAUAUUCAACGACAAAAUCAAAACAUAUCAUCUGAAGAGGUGCUUCAUUUUGGAAGAGCAAGAUGGGGGCUCAACGUUACCCACCAGCUGUCCAUCAUAGCCCCGCCCUCUACUUUCAGAACAGAAACAGUGUCAUUCUGGGGAACGGAGGGCUGAUUUUUCCCUGACUGAUGGCUGCAUUUCUCAUCUACUCUCUUUGACCUGGACACCAUGGGAGGAUAGAAGCCAUACUUUAAGCAAAAGCAGGGUUUUUGUGGUUUUGUUUUGAAUUACAUCUUUCGUGUGAACAAAGUGCCAUGCCUGCUGUUCUCAUUCAUUCCGAAUGCAGAUGCUCUUCAUUUGUUAGAGCACGCUCCCCGUGCCUGGAGUGUAAGACGGAUUGGCUGUUUCAGUUACCUAACUAAAACCAUUUCAGAUAUUUUUCAGGAAAGUGAUCUUUUGCCAGCAGGGGGCGAUGUGCACCCUGUAAUUGUCACUGACGCUCUGAUAGCAGCUUGGUGCUUGAUUGGUAUGGCAGUAAACACAUAGAGGUAUGUUUCCUUGGUGCUACAGCGCACAGCACAUGCUGUAGCCAUUAGUGCUCCAGUUACGUGUAGCCACACCCCUGCGGUCUUUAUUGGUACUGUCCGGAGGCACCCCUCCCCAGUGAGACACUCCAUUCCGGCCAAUUUCGGGCAGGAACACUAGGGGCUCAAACCUCCUGACUAUUUUUUUAAACAGUGCCAGGUUUUUGUUUUGAUGCAACAAACGCUUGAAACGCAUUUCAUCUCCCACAGAUGGAGAAUCUCACACGCAGUCAUACGGUUUAGCAGACGAAGGCCGUCACUCACACUAUUGAACUUCCUUACCCAGACCUUUAAGGCUGACGAUGUAGGAUGACAGACUAUGUGGACAUUCAGGGGGGGAAAUACUCACUGUUAAGUUAUUCUUUUUUUUAUUAAGAAUUUGUAUAGUACCUUUACAAUUUUUGCAAACUGUGUUGUUGGUGACUGGUAUGGACUUUUCGGGACGAGACAAUUUGCUGGUUCUUAAGGUAAUGAAAAUAAAUUAUUGCUGAAUGUUCUCUAAA